AUGCAUCGAAUUUGGUGGGGCUUUAUUCCUUUUUAUAUCAUCUCCCUUCUAUGCCCAGUGCCAAAAGGGCAGGAAAACAAUUCCAAUAAAGCUUCAACCCAUGGUCGGUCUCCAAAGAGCCCUUGCUAUGAUGCUAAACAGAGGCCAACGUACUGCAUACCAGAUUUCAUCAAUGUGGCUCUUGAACGAGAGGUAAUUACUUCCAACACUUGUGGUCGUGUACCCCAGAAACUUUGUUAUUUCCUGGACUCCACAAAUAUAACAUCACGUAGGUGUCAGCUGUGUGAUCAGAAAAAAGCAGAGACAUCUUACCCACCUUCAUAUAUGACUGACACGGAUGCCCAAACAUGUUGGAGGUCAGAAAGUGGAAUCACACUUCUACAAAAUGUUACCUUGACUCUUCCUCUGAGUCGUAGGUUUGAGCUAGUUUAUGUCAGCUUGCGUUUUUGUUCCCCACGCCCUGACUCUAUGGCAAUCUAUAAAUCAAUGGACUAUGGAAAGACCUGGAUUCCUUUCCAAUUUUAUUCUUCUCACUGUCGUCGAGUAUACGAUCAAGCAACUACAAGUGCCAUUACAAAGCCCAUGCAACAUGAAGCCACAUGUACUGACUUUCAAACAGGGGUCAAACCUCUCACCAAAGGACUUGUGGCAUUUAUGCCACUAGCAGGACGUCCUUCAGCUCGUAGAUUUGAAUAUAGUCCUGUUUUGCAAGACUGGGUAACUGCUACAGACAUACGUGUGGUAUUUAAUCGUCUACAUUAUGGCAAAAAAAUCGGGAUUCGAAGAAAGACAGCUUUUUUUGGUAUAUCAGAACUUCAGGUUGGAGGAAGGUGUAAAUGUAAUGGGCAUGCUUCUCGUUGCAUUGAUGGCAAAGAUGGGCUUUUGUGUGAAUGUCAGCACAACACAGUUGGUCCAGAGUGUGAUGUUUGCAAACCCUUUUAUUAUGAUAGACCCUGGCAGAGAGCAACACCAAGCAAUGCACAUGAAUGUGUCGGUAAGUUUCUCAAUACAUUUAUUUAAUUAGAAUUAUGAAAUUAAUAAAACCAUAAUAAUGUACCUUGCUUAUGCAGAGAGUACAAAUGUGAUGUGUGUGUGUGUGUGUGUGUGUGUGUGUGUGUGUAUAUAUAUAUAUAUAUAUAUAUAUAUAUAUAUAUAUAUAUAUAUAUAUAUAUAUAUAUAUGAAAGAAAAGCUUUGCACUCCUACUUACAGUUUUCCUGACCCGGUGCUCGAUUGCACUAAAUGUAUAGAACACAAAAAUUAGCACUCCUAGGUAAUUCUCUCAAAACUUCUUUACUUGGAAAAAGUGUAAAAGUUAAUGUUUCCGUUCCACCAAGGGACUUUCAUCAGGACAACCACAAGUGAUAUUCAACAAACUAAACAAUAAAUAAGGCAAUAAAUCAAUUACUUACAGUUCAGCUGUGGGGUGGGCUGGCAUACUGACUCCCAGGGCGCAAGACCGGAUGCUGAAAUCAGCUGUGUGCAGAUUAAUCCAUUGAGUAUGUGAUGAGAACUAUCUCCUGUGGUAACUGGGAUGCGGCUCAACCUAAAAACGUUCCUGUCCUGUCAACAAUCACUCAGGGUGUUUUGGUUAAGCGUCCUGACUUUUACACUUUUCCAAGUAAAGAAGUUUUGAAAGAAUUACCUGGGAGUGCUAUAUAAGACACAAAAUGCUGCAUUCUCUUAGCAGAGUAAGGCUUUACUCUGCAUAAUGAAUAGCAAUUCCUUCUUUCAAGUCUGUGGGGAAUUUGUUGCCCAGUAAACCUUUAAAACUCUGAAAGACUCAGCUCUAAAUAUUUAAGGUCGCAUUAAAAAAAUAUGUGUCUAUGAACUAGAAAUGCUGUUGAUAUUCAUAUUACUAAUUACCUGUCAAUUCUUAUCACCCAGCUUGUGAGUGCAAUUUACAUUCUCAUCGUUGUCGAUUUAAUAUGGAGCUAUACAAGCUUUCUGGUAGAAAAAGUGGAGGUAUAUGCUUAAAUUGCCGACACAACACUGCUGGGCGCCACUGUCACUACUGCAAGCAAGGGUACAAACGAGAUAUGAGUAAGCCUAUUUCCAGUCGAAAGGCCUGCAAGC